AUGGCCUGGCUUGAGAGCCCGAGUGCCUUCCCUACUGAAUUGUUGUACGUGUUUGGGCCCGUAUUAGCGACGACUUAUCUUCUUGCCCUGGCGAGCUGGCGUUUGUAUCUCUGCCCUGCAGCGGAAAUUCCUGGACCGACAUUGGCAAAACUCACGUACUGGUACGAAUUCUACUACGAUGUCAUUCUCAGCGGUCAAUACAUCUGGAAGAUCCGGGCAAUGCACGAGCAAUAUGGCCCGAUUGUGCGCAUCAACCCGGAGGAAGUCCACAUCCAGGACGCCGACUACUAUGACCAAGUGUAUGCGGGAUCAACACACAAACGGAACAAAUGGACCUUUUUCACAAACCAAAGUGGGCUGCCUCAGUCGGCGUUUGGGACUCCAGACCACAAUCUCCACCGUAUGCGCAGGGCAGCGUUGAACCCGUACUUCUCCAAGGCCAAAGUGCGGAGCCUACAACCUCGCAUCGAGUCUCGACUGAACAAUCUGCUGACUCGGUUUCGCGAGUUCCAAGAGUCCGGGGAGCCUAUGACGGUGUCGUUGGCCUAUGCGGCCCUCACCAACGACGUCGUCAUGGAGUAUGCAUUUGGGCGCAGUGACAAUCGACUGCUGGCCCCCGACUUCGACCCGAGUUUCAAGGAAGCUGGCGAGGCUGGGGCCAAAUUGGGUCAUUUUGUCAAGCAGAUGCCAUGGGUGUUGACUCUGAUGAAAUUUCUUCCCGACUCGGUGCAGAUUGCUUUGAACCCGGUCAUGGCAAGUUAUAUCAAACUCAACAAGGACAUUAUCCGCCAUGUUUCCGAGAUCUACUCGCAUCGCGGCGAUACCCACAGUAAAUAUAACUCGCAAACGACCAUCUUCCAUGCGAUUCUCCAAGGUGAUUUGCCCGAGAAGGAAAAGUCUCCCGACCGCCUUUGGCAGGACGGGCAGGUGGUGGUAAUUGCCGGUACAUUGACGACCGCCGCGGCGCUCUCGGAACUCACAUACCAUCUCCUACGACAACCCAUCGAACUGAAGGCUCUCAAAGAUGAAUUGGCAAUGGCCAUGCCGGACCCAGCAGCUGUCCCGGACAUUGCCAGGUUGGAGCAACUCCCUUACCUCACGGCCGUCAUCAAAGAGAGUCUCCGUUUAAGCAGCGGCAUCAGCACGCGGUUGCAGCGCAUCGCCCCAGACGAGACGCUCAUCUACAAGGCCAAGGUCUGGGACAACAAGAAGAAGACCGCCAGGGACAAGGAAUACAUCCUUCGUCCGGGGAUCCCUCUCUCCAUGACCGGCCUGCUCAUCCACCACUCGCCGAUCUAUUUUGAAAAUCCCAUGGCGUUCCGUCCGCAACGAUGGAUUGACGAUCCGACUCUCGAAAGAUAUCUCGUCCCAUUCUCUCGUGGAACCCGAGCCUGCGUCGGCAUGAACCUGGCGUAUGCGGAGCUCUACCUCACGGUGGCAGGCUUGUUUAGAGAGUAUGGGAGCCGAGAGGUCCGCUUCCCGGAGGACCAGGGAUUUCUGGAGUUAUACGAUACAAGCUACAAGGACAUCGAGAUCAUUGGUGAUGGGGUGACCCCGUUGUACCAGCCGGAUAGUAAUGGAGUCAGGAUCGUGGUGCGUUCAGUGUGA